CGCUUGGCUCGAGGCUGAACAGCCGGAGAGCGGCUGUAUCCGCAUAUCAGAUCAUAAGAUCUUGAUCGAUAUUUCAAGGACAGCUUCCCAAAACUUCCUCAGACUACAAGAAUCGCCAUAGCGUUGGCAGUGAAGCUUGUAGAACAGGAUGGCACCACAGGCGAGCGCUGUUGAAAAAGACAACUUGUUCAUCCCACUCGUUGAUUUCUCUCUCUUCCUCAACGGCACUACAGCCGAACGGACACAAGCCGCUGAAUUCAUACUCAAAGGCUUCCAAAAUGCAGGCUUCAUCUACCUAACCAACCACUCGAUCCCCCUCCCCACAGUCUCACACGUCUUCUCCACCUCCGCCAAAUUCUUCGACAGGCCUCAACUCGAAAAGGAAGCCGUAGGCUGGACAACCCCUGAAUCAAACAGGGGCUAUGUCUCCCACGGCCGCGAAAAGGUCUCCAUUCUCACCGAUAAAGAUGCUGUCGAGGCAAUUCGAGGCCAAGCCCCAGAUUUGAAAGAGAGUUUUGAAAUUGGGAGAGAAGGGGCAGAAGGAACGCCUAACAACUGGCCCAGCGGGGAUGAAGCAGCAAAGGAGUUCAAAGAAACAAUGCUGAAGUUCCAUGACCAGUGCAAGGUGCUGCAUAUCGAGGUUAUGCGGGCCAUAGCUGUGGGGAUGGGACUAGAAGAAGGCUAUUUUGAUGGGUAUACGGAUGUUGGAGAUAAUACGUUGCGGCUGCUGCAUUAUCCGGAAGUGAAGAAGGAUGUGUUUAAGAACAAUAAGCUGCAGGUAAGGGCGGGCGAGCAUACGGAUUAUGGAUCGAUUACCUUGUUAUUUCAGGAUAAUAGGGGUGGGCUGCAGGUUAAGAGUCCGGAUGGGACAUUCGUUGAUGCUAUUCCUAUUCCGGGGACGGUGGUGAUUAAUGCGGGGGAUUUGUUGGCCAGAUGGAGUAAUGAUACAAUUAAGAGCACGUUGCAUAGAGUAGUGGAACCUCCUGCGCCGGAGGUUGGGGAUGUCCAUCCGGCAAGGUACAGUUGUGCCUACUUUUGUAACCCGAAUUUCGAUCGGAUGAUUGAGGCAAUUCAGGGAACCUACGGAGGGGAGAAGGGUCCGAAGAAGUAUGAGCCGAUUAACUCGGGGGACUACUUGGUGCAGAGACUUGCUGCUACUUAUUGAGUAGUCGAAUCGUAGUGUAUUUAUGUUUGCAUGCGAGCAUUGUUGCAUUGUUGCAUUGUCUUUGUGUAUUCUCGUUUUUCUGCUUGGUCUCGGUGCAAUGCUUCAGGAAUUGGGGUACUAGUACAGAAUGAUUGUAUUCUGCCCAAGUCAUACAGUCUACUAUUUAGAAAAGCCAACGAGGUCUUGAAGUCAAAG